CUGGUAGGCCACCAUUUUGGGAGUCAAAACACCCCAACAAAUAGUAGCACACACCUCCACGCUUCUCCGUGGCCUUACUAUGGUUCACACAUGUGUGGUGGCAGGCUGUAGGAACAGAAGGACACCGGGCACCACCUUAUCUUUCUACCGGUUCCCCCGGGACCCCGAGAGGAAGCAGCGCUGGAUAGCUGCUGUGAACAGGGAGGGCUGGGUGCCUAACGACGGCAGUCGGCUGUGUAGUACUCACUUCAUCUCCGGUAUGAAUGCGGUACAACGCCGAGGGAGAAGUACAGUAAUGUUUGUUUUAGACCACACUGUAGUGCUUGAAGUAAGGUUUUUCAAAUGCAUGACCUUAACGUAGGAUAUUAUUGAAUUAAAAACAACUAUGGCUUGAUCCAAUUUAUAAUAAAGAGAGUCAUAUUUGGCGUAUUUAACGUUUCCACUGGUAAACAGUUAAGAAAGUAUAUGUAUUGUCUUGAGUAAACUAAACGAAGAAGUUGUGAUCAUAAAUAAUUAAUAUUAUUUUUUUUCCGAUAAACGAAAUAAUUGAAUGUAAAUUAAACUGGAUUCAUGCUAUAAAGUUACUUUUUAUUGAAAAAAAAAACUCUAAAAAAAACAAUUUGCAGCACUGGUGUUAAUGUCAGAUCAAAUUUCACAUUAUUAUUGCACCUCGUUGCAAUUUGGUUAUCAUUUAGAAAAAAGAAAAGUGAUAGUCUAUAACAAGACUGAUCCAAACUUGUUUCCCACCCAUUCACCUAUAUUUUGCUGUCCAAUCCACAAUUUCUAUGUUGUGCAUAUAAAAUCAUUGUUAGUAUUAGUGCAUUUUGCUGAAUAGUCACUUAAGGUAUAACCUCCCAGUCAAUAGUUUCCUUCUGCAUGUUCUUCUUAAAAAUGCCCAGACCCAAAGUUGGGAAUCAAAGCUUGUAGUCGAGCCCUCAUUCAUCACCUUAGGGGUUCGCUCAGCUGCAUCUCUCCGCAAGUUUCACCUUCACUCUCUUAAUGUUUGAUUUAUGCAAGUCAUGCAGUAAUAUAUAAGCUGAGACUCUUAACUGUCUCUCCCACAUAGUCGUCUUUGGUGAGGUCCUGAACCUCAUAAUAUGUCCUCCCUUCAACUGUGGUCAAGCUGCUCACUUUAUCCUUUAGUCUGGGACAGCGUAUCAGCUCAGCCUGAAAAAAACAUGGCUGCUUGCCCAAGACAUUUUGUCUUUUUAUUCAAGUCCGAACUGUUGACUGUUAUUUGGGAAUGCGCCAUGAUAAGCAACUGAUAUUUCAAGGUAUUUACCCUCUGUUGACUACAUCUGUGUCUUGCUUUCAGGUAAACAGGUGAAGAAUCCACGUUCUCCAGAUUAUGUUCCUUCUGUGUUCACUUCAGCUCCCUUAUCUCCAGAGAUGAAGGAGCCGGGUGCCUUGGAGGUUCUGGACAAGCAGGAAGCUCGUGUGGAGGCCGCCAAUGCCUUGUUGUUCCUGCAGGGUCAGGGCAGCUCAGUGUCAGGUGAGAUGGGCCAGGAAGAGCAUCCUCAGGAGGGCGAGCAGGAGGCUAGCUUUGAGGAGAGUGCCUCCUCUUCUUUUAGCACAGACGAAGAAGAUGAUGACAAUGAUGAUGAAUCUUUGAGCGAAUGUAAGAAAGGAAAGCUUGCUCAGGCUUCUGAUGCUUCAGUGAACUUUGAGGAUGCUCUCAAAGCCCUGAAGAAGGAGAACCAGGCUCUUAGAGAGUCAGUGGAGAGGAUGUCGCUUUCAGAGAGCUCCCUGAGGAACGAUGCAGAGAAGGUGAAGUUUUACACGGGUUUACCAAACUUCUUUGUCCUAGAGACAGUCAUGUGGCUGCUGGCACCUCACAUGGAGGGGAUGAAGAACGUGAAGCUCUCAAAGUUCCAGCAGCUGCUGCUGACACUGAUGAGACUCCGCCUUGACCUCCGCAACCAAGACCUGGCCUACCGCUUUGGAGUCAAGGUCAGCAUGGUCACCAGAACGGUUCAUCAGAUGGUCAACAUUAUGUCCUCCACUUUGGUACCGACAGCCGUCUUCUGGCCUUCAAGAGCUGAGCUCAGGAAGAAUCUACCCGCAGCUCUCCGUGCCUCUCAUCCUGACUGUGCUGUCAUCAUUGACUGCUUCACGGUGCCCUUUGAGGAGCCGGUUUCCAGGGGCAACCAGCAGCAUCAACAGCAAGGGAUGGGGACAAGCUAUAAUGUGUUAAAGUUUCUGAUUGGUGUGGCCCCACAAGGUGUUGUCACAUUCGUCUCCAGGGGCGUGCUGGGAAAUGUUAGCGAUAAAAGCCUGGCCGAGGGCUGCGGGUUUCUUUGCAAGCUUCUUCCAGGUGAUGUUGUGUUAGCAAACCGGGAUCUAGACAUUGCAGAUUCUGUGGCUGCGAGGGGAGCAAUCUUUAAAAUAGCCAGCACCUAUGGGAGCUCAGAGGGCACACCCCUCGCUGAUUCUUCCUCUGAGACGCCGAGUGUGCAGAGGCAUGUGGAGAGGGUGAUCUCAAUGGUGAAGCAGAGGUACGCCAUGCUCACAGGCCCUGUCGAGAGCCCCUUUACUACAACCUCUGAGCGCACGUCCAACCUCUCCACCUUUGAUAAGAUUGUUCAAGUCGCCUGUGCCUUAAACAACCUGUGCAUCUCUGCUGCUCCACUAGAGUGAAUUAUACUGAAACCCUCAGUGUUCCUUAAUGCUGUUUAGGCACCUGAGUACCCUUUACUUCUCUGGACCUAACUCCACGUCCUCACUUUUCAUCCUUGUGUUGAUACUACAGGAUUACCACACACCAUUUAUUAUACACUUACCUGCAUUAAUUCACACUUUUAGUGUUUAUGGCUUCCUGUUAUCUGGGCCGGUCUGAACUUGAAGAUAAGAGCAUGUUUCCCAAAUCCAGAAACAACAUUGCUAAGAUAUGAUGUCAUUAAGUUAUGCAACUCAGCUGACAUAGAACAGUGGGUUUGUAGUGGGAGUUGAUUUUUAAUUUAGGCAUUAAACGACGAGUUUGAGUAAAAUAUACUGUUGAAAUACAUUCUUAUUUGCAGUUUUGUUAACAUUGAGGCACAUUAAGCACAGCUUGUCUGGUGCAGACCAGAGGUUACCAUAGUUUUAAGAAAAGAGUGGGUACACACUGUUGAACCUUCAAUCUGGAAUCUAUCAUUUGAUGAUGAUUCAAAACCGCGGAUUGAAAGUAGUUUCGUUUUCAGUAAAAUGGCAUUGAAUCUGCUGCACUUGGAUGCAGAUGUCUGUCUAAAGACUCUGCUUAAAGCUCAUUUAUUGACAGAGCCGCAGAUGGGUUACAGGAUUGGAUUACGGUGGAGUUGUCUCACCCCUUUGCCCUCUACAGAGACAGUUUUCCGGCAUACAGCAGGUUUUCACUGAAAUGAAAGAGGAGAGAACUUUUCUUAGCACCAACAAAAAACUAGAGCACAUUUGAUACCAAAAUCUGACCCUCCUGCUAACACAGUCAGCAUUUUCAUGCAGAGAUGAUAAUAACUCUAACCAGAGGCCUGCACUAUGAAGUGAGUUCAUCAUACCCAGGAUAUACUUCAGUUAUCUGGUUUCACUAACCUGAACAAAGGAGUUUUAUGGUCACACCAGCUGACAGAAAAUAGGAUGGCACCUGUCUGGUAAAGUUGAAUUUAGAAGUAUUUAGCAGAACAGACUUGAUAGAAAUGGGAUGUAAUAUUACGAGUUAUGUUUACAUUAGCCUGUAAUUACCUAAAUAUUACAACAUUUGUUUUUGUUUACUCAAAACAAGUUUCUUUGCAUCUACAUGAAAUGGGUCCCUGUCCAUGAAGGUAGCCAUCUUGCACCACACAGAAUUGACUAACUAGUGAGAGCCAUAUGUAUACUUUUAGUGGGUGAAAGUGCAAUGUGAGAGAAGAAAAUGAAUUUGCAUUAAUAACCUUUUUGGUGUUAAAAACCUGUGCAUAAAGGAUCAGAGCUUCUAGCCCUUGCAGGUCACUUACUGGGAUGGAUAGGGUGAGCAGAGGAGCAUUUGAUUUCUAAAUCUGAAGCUAAAUAUCCUGUUUCUACAAACUACCUUUAAUGCUUCAUCAUCUCUUUUCUGUUAUUAGAGCAUAAUAGAUCAAACACACAGUAAUGCCUUUAUUUUCUUAAAUUAAUAUGUAUUACUGUAGUUUUUAAAACUGUUUAGGACCCAUCAUUUAAGCUCCAUCCCCAACAAGAGUUUUAGAUCAGAGGUAACCAUCCUCUUUUCCUCUUGGCCACCCCUUCAUACAUUGUAGAUUAGCAGAGCUCCUCCUGGGUCCCAGGAAAAGUGAUACACUGCUGUUAAAAAAUUACAUCAAUUUUAAUGCCAUCACCUAAAAGAAGAGAGGAAAAAUGUAUUAUUUACACAGAUUUUAUUCACAGACACAACUAUCCAAACUACACAGUAAGUGUGUUAUUUUUGAGAUUUUAGUAAGUAUGUGCAAGUUGGCAGACAAAACCUGGCUGACCUCAUACAUACAUACAUAAUUUAACACAGUAUAUACAGUUUUUUCAAGAUUUCAUGAAUAUGUUAAAUCCAAGGUGUCAGUGCUGUGAGCAGACCCUGUCUCAGGACAACCUUAGUAAUAUUGAAACCUGGUUGUUAACCCUGAAUUUACCUCUAAAACCACAAAUCCUGCUUCAUAGUACAGGCCUCUAUCAUCAAGUCACCUCUGAGGUGACCUGUCACCGGUAACUUUGCUAAAGGAUGCUCUUCAUUGUCUUUUCCACUUUAAAUGGGAUCUUAAAUCACAGAAUGAUCAACAUGAUGUGUUAAACAAAAAUUAAAAACUAAAUCUCUCACUGAGGUUAAAACAAACUGGGAUGGGGAAUCUUUUUAUUUGCUUGUGUGACUUCCAGUGGUGUUGCCCCCUGCUGGUCAGUAGAAAGAAUGCAGCUAAAUUCAUUUCUUAAAGGCCUCACUUCAGGAAACACAGUCCUUCCACUUAGGCUUUUCACACAGUCAUUCCUAUUUUAUAGACUUUAUGACACCAGACUACAGUCACUGCAGUCUGAGCUCCCUGAUAGCACAGACAGAUUUACCACCCACAUUUACCAACCACAGACCAGCACAGUCAAGAGUCUGUUGACAUUUUAACUGCUGUUCUUUCUGGUUUUUUAGACAUCUAGCUCAUUUCGAGGAGUUUGCAACGGUAGCUUUCUGUGGAGGGCAAAUCUUAGAAUUGCACAAGUCCUUUUGACACAUCCUUCUUUGUAAUGAUGCUUUUAUUUUGCUUCCAAAGCUGCAGGGUGUCAGCUGUCAGUUUUAGCUACAGGACAGCACUGAUGCAGAACCUGGUGGAUGCAUGUUCACACAAAAGUUUUAAUGAUGUCAACAUUUACAACAACACAACAGUGUUGGAAAAUACCCAUGCCUGUAGAACUUUUGAAGUGUUCAAGUUUGGUUUGUCCUCAAAAAAGGUGCAGCAUUUUUCUUUUUCACUUAAAGCUGAGGUUGUUUUCAAGUUUGUUUCCUUAGCCUGAGUUUAAACCACAAGGCAGGGAUCAGGUCAAACACAUUAAAUGUCUCUCCAGGCAUUCCCCAAAGGGAAAAAAUGCACAUAAGCAGGCGAUUGUGUACAGAAAUUUACCCCCAUUCUCUUCAAACCACUUCUGCGAUUCUUUACAGUCACACAAAGUUAAAAUGUCAUUAAAAGCGAAGAAAAGACAUGCAAUAUAAAAGGAACCGCGUCCUGAAGGCAGCCAGCAUGUUGGCUGGGUUUCAUUAAAGCUUUGUUUAGCUUCGCACGUGUGCUCGAAAAAUAUACAUCUUAUCUGUUGCUGCUGAGUUCUCAGUAUUUUCUGCUCUAAUCGAUUAUGGGAGUAUGGGACUAUGUUUGGGCACAACAGAGACGGGUCUGUUUGAGACAAAGCAUGAGGAUAUUUUUAAAAUCGUAUUCCAGCCGUUUAAAUGCAUUUUGGUGUUUAUGAUCAUUUGUAAAACUAGAGUUAAUAUACAGGAUUAUAUUUAGACUAUUAAAGAGUGAAGUCGGUUUAGAUAUCUUUGAGUAAACAUCUCAUUGCAUAGAAAUAGCCUUUGUUGUCCUGCUUUGUGGGUGCCUUAGUUUGUAAGGCUGGUACUGCGUUAACAAAUCAGGCUGCGUUUUAUACAAAUAUUUAUUUUUGCAUCAUAAGUAUGCUCAAGUUUCCUUUCAGCUUUGGUUGCUUAGCUAAACAUGCACAAACAGUAUCUACCCAGAUGUUAACAAAGCACCUCCUGUGAUUAUUCACUCAGUGUGUGUAUGGUGAGAAAAUUUCCUCUUCGUUUUUAUCUCUCACAAGCUUCAUCCUUCUACCAUUUAAUGUGCAUAAUUUCCAAAAGAUGUCAAGUAAUUAUAGAAAAUAACCUUGGGCGGCUUACAUGUUACAAAAGUGGUUCAGUUAAAGGACUAGAGUCAAAUGAGGAGAGGAUUUUCACACGAUAAGAGCAGACUGAAGUGGCUCAGUUGAAGCGCAUUAAAGGUGUUUCUUCAUAAGCAGACAGUGUGUGGUUAGAAUAGGUAUGCCCAAAGUGGAAUGUGCCUUCUGUUUUCCACUGGAUGUUCCUUUCCAUGGGUGGCUGUGUGUCUUUCCAGAACUGUUCAAUGUUUCAUGUGAUCAUAACUUGCACUCCCUGAGUUUCUUUCAGCACCUCAACCUGGUCCUCAUUGUACCUGUGAUAUUCUUCUUACUCCUUUUAUGUCAUUGAGGUGGCAGCAUUUUUAACCCCAUGGUGGCUCCUGCUUUGGCACACCUUAUGAAUCUGAAAAAUGUUAACUGUACUGAGAGUCUUUUGGGCACCUCUGACAAAUCUUUUGUCAUGGCAUUCCUUCAUUUUUGGAAGCUUUGGUUACUCCAGCUUCGAUUUCUGAUUUCUGCCUUUUCUCAUGUUGAAAUCUGAAAGCAAAGUAUCAGAACCAAAUUAAAGAUUAUAUUAGAUUAAAUUCAAGAUUAGAGGGAGCAGGAAAAAUUACCUGGAAGUAACAGGAAAUAAAUCAGCAUGUAGUUUAGUGUAAAACACUAACAGACAAACUUACAGUAAGUCCUUGUUUAAGGAUAGGAACUAAAUCUUUGGAGCAGCGUCCCUGAAAGAGUCUUAUUCUUGUUUUGUUUAUUUGUGUUGCUGCUUUGGAAAGCGAAUAUGCCACUUGGGGCAUACUGUUAUUUAUUAUUAGAUGAAACCUUACAAAUACAAGUGUUAAGUGUAGCAAAACUUGAUAAAUGUUGGUUGAAUCUUUAUUCAUUUCUGCAAGAGUAAAAAGGAUUUAUAAAAGUUUUUAAGUGAGAGUGCUUGUCUAUUGAAGAAAACAGCCAGUGGUUGAAUGUUUUCUAUUCAUUUACUCCUACCAUAAGAUAACUCGAGUGCUUUUAGGUUGAGAUGAACCCAAUAAUAUCUCUGUUUAUCUCACAUCUUUGGCUACAUCUCUAUAAUCAUGCAGUUUAUUUUUAUGGAUGCAUGUGUUUCCAUGAUGUGUUACCUCCUAAUGGUUUAAUUCUUCAGUUUCUCCUCAUUGGCACUUGUGAGUGGAAAAUUAAAGUUUGGGAAACACAACAGCCUUUUGAAUUCUUCUCAAAACUGAGUUCUGUGUUUUCUUUUUCUAAAAAAUAUCUUUCUGUGUUAAAUGUCAUCCUCCACCAUCCGCUCUUUUUUCAGCCUGUUGCAAAUUGAGAUAAAUUAGGCUUUUUUUUUUUUUUGCAUUCAUACAGAUUCACUCACUGCCUUUGACUCAUUGGUAAAGAUUUCUUCCAAGGCCAGAGGGGAGUGACUGAGUAAUGUCCUGAUAUUUUUUUGGAUUAAUCAAAGGGAGAAAUGCAUUGGAGGAAGCCCCGCCCGGAAUAUGUGCGGUCAGAGAGGUGCAAAAAGCAAGACCUCUCACACUGUUACUUUGUAAAGCCACUCAAAGUAGAAUUUAAAAGGUUAAUAUUCUUUCAGCUCUUUGUGAUUUGUCAGCAGAAAUGUGAGCUGCCGCAACAGAUUGUCUAUUUGCUACUGAACUAAAGCAUUUGUCAUUGUAUUGAUGCCAACAUUACAUUACAGUCACACAAUACAAACGCAGAAGUUAUCUGCUGCCUCAGUUCCAGGGUUUGGUUUCUUUUUUUUUUUUUAUAAAAUAAUCAUAUAUACAUAUUUUAUCUUUGGUCCUUUUACAGCUGGAUUUGGAAAAAAAUGGAAAAUCUUUAAGACAUAUUUAAAGAGGGGACUAUUCUUCUUACAUUAAGGUCAACUUUUAAAAAUAUGCUCGAAUUAGCUAAUGCUAAUUCCUGUUUCUCUAGCCACCUGAAACCAAGUCAGUUUUACAGUUCCUAUAUUAGGUUUGUGUUUUUGUUUUUUCUAAUGGGGAUUAAUACAAUUAUAGAUUUUUUCCAACUUUUUUAAAGCCAGGGCUAAUGACUCUGUGAGACGUAUUUAGAUAUUUUUGCAAAGUAUGAAAAUUUUCCUUUUACCCAAUGAAAGGUAUGGGGCUGCUGAAGUCACCAAAAUUAUUAUUUUUUUAUAAAUACAUGUGCACACAAAAAAAAUACUUGUACAAACAAUACAAUUAUUUUGUGGAAACAAGUUAAAUAUAUAGAGAACACAAAAUUGUCAUCGUGUAGAAAUGAGCUAGCUUCUAAGCUAACUUGCUCCCUCCAGAUAACUAAUUCGAAUUAGUUAUAUAGAGGGAGCAAGUUAGCAAAAUGGAUUCAAGAUUUAGACGUCAUUAUUGGACCUCUUUUGGACGUUUAAAUAACGUCGACAUUUGUUCCUCAUCGUCGAAAAAAUAUGUUAAAUAGAUGUCAUUGCGCAGUAGGUCCGUAAGUUCAAGUUUAAA